GGAUGCCUCAUUCUGCGUUACGUCUGGUCAGAGAGAGCAGCUAACGGGUAUUAACGGAUAAGAGCAUCAAUCUGUCUAUCAGUUUUCUCUUAGCAUUCUGUGUACUGUAUACAGUGGGUAAGUAUGUGGAUACAAAUGAUCCGGAGGCUAUUUGGUAAGCGCACCAAAGUCCGUCCUUUUACUAAGGAGAAGGAGGAAGAGAAAGAGGCAAAUGAUUUGAAGUUGGAGGAAUUUGUGGAUGGGAAAGAGGAACAGAAGAACUUGGUGAAAAAACAAGAGCACCUGCAUGCAAGCACCCCUCAAAAGAAACCGGUGGAAAGCCAGGAGGUCCUGUUAUCAGUUCACAGGAUUUUGAAACAGCAUGCAGAGUGCUCUGGGCACCUUUUAAAACGAAUGGUCUCAUUGCUAGAUAUUUUUGAGAAAAUAGCGAGUGCUGAGAACGAGUCUGUUGUUCAUCCAGUUAGUCAGGCUGGCACACCAAUAGAAAUUCUCCAGGAUUCAUGUGUGGACUCCAUUAUGAUUUCUGGCACUGAGAUAAACAAAGUUGAGCUGAAAACUGUGGAUGAGCUAUCCACAAAGGAAGAAACCAAAAGUCUUACAAUCGACAACCUUCAAAAUGAGCCGCUUGAUGAUCAAAUACGUCGUUUGGAGAUGGAGUGUCAUGCUGAGAUAGCUAAAUUGUCCAAGUUUGAAAAGGAAGAGAAGCUAAAACUAAAACUUGAGAUGGCUGAGGCAAAGCAGAAAAGACAAAACCAAAUUGAAGAGCUAAAACUGAAGAUGAAAUUACUGGAAAAGGAGGCAAAACGUGAAAAGCAAGAGGGGAAAAAGAAGCUAAAGGAUCUGGAAAAGGAAAUAAAGAAUAAAAAAUCAGUGCUUCUCAUCAAACUGAAAGAGCUAAAAAAUAAUCUGAGGAUGAAGAAAAAGGAGGAGGGUAAGAAGGGAAAGAUGGAAAAUAACAAGAAGGAUGAUGAGAAAGUGGAUGAAACAAAAGACAAAAAUGUCAUAAAAAGCAAAUUUAGAAAGGAACUGAGAGUCAGGAGUACCAAAGUAAGGCAGCAUCAUAUCAUGUCAUGCCACUGCAGGAUAAAACAUUUUGGGCGUCUAUAGGCAGACCAGCAGACCAUUCAGCCAGAAGAACAUGCAAAGAUAAUCUGCAAUAAAAGCAAUGCAUUAAAAACUCA